AUGAAGAAGGGCGAGCCGGGCCGCCAAGGCCUGCCGGGCCCGCCCGGGGCGCCCGGCCUGAAUGCGGCCGGGGCCAUCAGCGCCGCCACCUACAGCACGGUGCCCAAGAUCGCCUUCUACGCCGGCCUCAAGCGGCAGCACGAAGGCUACGAGGUGCUCAAGUUCGACGACGUGGUCACCAACCUCGGGAACCACUACGACCCCACCACGGGCAAGUUCACCUGCUCCAUCCCGGGCAUCUACUUCUUCACCUACCACGUCCUGAUGCGCGGCGGCGACGGCACCAGCAUGUGGGCUGAUCUUUGCAAAAACAACCAGGUGCGUGCUAGUGCAAUUGCCCAAGAUGCCGAUCAGAAUUACGACUAUGCCAGUAACAGUGUGGUCCUUCACUUGGAGCCAGGCGAUGAAGUCUACAUCAAGUUAGAUGGCGGGAAAGCUCAUGGAGGCAACAACAACAAAUACAGCACAUUUUCUGGAUUUAUUAUUUAUGCUGACUGAUAACACGGAGACGAAGCUCCUUCUUCUGAGUUGGAACGCUGGAUUCGUACGGCUAACGUCAGCGAAUCAAGGAUCCCAGGAGGUGCCAAAUGUGGGGCACCUCAGUUGUGUGUAUCAAAAGCUACCUGACUCACAUCUGUAUCCCUCAGAAAAAAACAUUCUGUAAAAAAAAAAAAAUUAUAAGCAAGAUAAGCAGAUGUGUGAUCCACUACCGCCAAAGCAAAUACUCCUUAUUGUUAGUGUCCAUGUGAAUGAAGUCCUAUAUAGAUCACAAAUUUUUAUAGAAAAAUCUAAGACAAUGAAUUAUUUCUUCAAUAUAUAUGAUACUUUGUGUACUGUGAUCUUGCUGCUUUUACCCAUACGUCAGCUUUGGUUCUUGUGAGUUCACCUGCUUACUCUGACACUUGGAGCCCAUUUGCAGGGUGAGGAAAAAUGACCUUACCCUGCAGGAGAAGGUCUACAUGAAACGAUGCUGCUUGCCCCCAAAGAAAUCGUUUGCCUUGUACUUUUGUUAACUUUAGAGCUAGAUCUGGGAAUGAUUCAACUUCAAGCCUUAACCUAGAAUUUUCUGGAUUUGAGGGAAUUCCCAAACCUAUGACCUCUUUCACAUUUUCUUUUUCUUAGGGGUUUUCGCUUCUCUCUUUUCUGGUGAUAAUCUUUAAAAAUAGCGAUGGAUAGUGUACCAUAGGGUUACCCUCUAAGUCUGUUACUGUGUAAUUAUGUAUGGUAUUUAGAAAAUCCCCUGUCUCCAUUUUGUCAAUAGAGUACAUUUAGAAUUACUUAGAAAGUCAGACAAACCUAUUCUUUGGUAAAAAAAAAAAAUCAGAUGGAGGCGUUUGCCUUCUUUAGAACAGAGAGUAAUCCUAACCCAGGGCACAAAGGGUUAAUCUGAGCUGCUGCACGCAUUGCCAAGGGGAUACCAGGCAAGGCCUUCCAACAGUUUCUGCAAAUCUGUGGCCUGAGAAUAUUUCAUGAUCAACAGUUUCACGCACAGUUAAUAUGACAGCAAAGUGUAUAUAUUUUAUACCAAUAUCUGCUACAUAUAUAUGUUAGAAGAAAUAUAAUAUAUAUAUAUGGCUUUAGUCCACAAGGCACAAUGGCUGUAUAGCCUCAAAUGUUCAUUUAAAUAUAUAUAUAUAUGUAUACAUGUGUAUAUAUACAUAUAUAUUCAUAAUUUGACUUAUUUUAGAUGACAAAUAAAUGGAGUAGCAAGAUAGCGUAAAUGACUUCUCUUUGAUUAUCCAGAAAGUUGCUUUUUUCAAAAAAGGUUAAAAUGCCCCAUAUGUCAUCACAUUUGUGGAAGUUAGGCUUAUGGUUUCUUUAUGAUUAUAUACCAAUCAAUAACUUAACUGCAGUCUGAGCAGAUGGCUUGGCCUAGGACUUCAGAACUGAGGUGAUGCUCCUUUGCACUGUCUAUGAAUUAUUUGCAUUUGAAUGAUCCCCCGCCCCCCCCAACCGUGGAUCGAAGCUGAAAGUAAAGUAGAUUUUAGAGAGUAGUGCAAAUCCCUUCUCUGGUUCAGCUACACUGCCAAAAGCCAUGUCUUUAAUCUAAGGAAAAGAUUAGCAAUGCAUGUUGAUAUAUCCUAUCUAUCAACUUCCACAGUUACAAUGAAAAAUCUGCUCCUCUUUCAGUUGCCUUUGAAGGCUCUUGACAAGUAGGUUGAGAGAGAGAGAGAGAGAGAGAGAGAGAGAGAGAGAGACUUAAAAAUCUGCUUGUUUCCCUGGUGAAGGACAUUUGUUUUGUUUUGUUUCACUUAAAGAAAUUAGCUUAUUCUCCCGGCUUGUUCCUCUUUGGUAUUUUCUGUUCUAAUACAUGGGAAGCUUGAUCAUUUUCAAUCAACCAAAAUCUUUUAUGUAGCAAUUUCAACUUUCCACAAGAGUUAUGCAUGGCCUUCCCAUCUGAAGAUGUUGUUUACUUUGUUGAAAUGCCUUGAACUGAGGAACUGUCAUGAUUUAUACGACUAAAAUCAUUUGGCCGGUUCAUCAAGAAUGAUGACUAACUCUGUUUGGUCUUUCUAAUAUAUAAGGUAAGGAGAAGGAGCUCUAACAGAUUUCGUUUCGAUGUAACAACAGGCAUUUAUGAAAGAGGAAUUCACAGCAAAGGUUUGCAGAAGGUUUGUUUUUAUUUAUUUAUUCUUGGGCACCUAGGAGCAUAGUGAAAAUUUGGAGCAAAAGAGUAGUUUGUAAGUAGCAGUAGAUAUCAGCUAAGUUUCAACUGACAGUUCAUUUUAAUUUUUAUUUCUUAACUCAAAAAUAUCAGGGCUGAGCACAUUUCAAAGAGCAAGCUCUAGAAUCAGACUGUCAUUUCUAAUAGAUAUGACCUUUUCUCCAGAUAAACAAGCAUUAUUUUUUUUGGUUUAGGCCCAUGGGAAACCACCCCCCCCACACACACACACAAAUUGAAGGAAAUAAAGGGAAUAUAUGUAAGGCAAACAUUUCUUUCUUCCUCUUUUUCUUUGCAUUAUAUCUUGCUAAUUAAAUUGUGGCCUUUGUUAUUAUAAAUGUAACAAUUCAUUAAACUAUAUUAUGUAAUAUA